AUGGCCAAUCACUUCCUUGUCUACAUUAUCCAGCUCCUAAUUUUCUCAUCAGCCAACUUCAUAAUUAUUAUCCCCACAGCAACUUCAGCCAAAUCGGAGAAGAUAACGCACCUCCACUUCUACUACCACAACAACAUCGCCGGCCCACGUGCAACCGCCGUCCCAAUCAACCCCAAAAUCCAACCCGUCGAUCUUCGAGACCCGGCCAGCCUGUUCGGCCGCCUGACCAUAGCCGACGACCCGCUGACUUCCGGCCCAAGCCUGGAGAACUCGACGGUGGUGGGAAGCGCGCAAGGGAUGUACGGCAGCGCAUCGCAGACGGAGAUGUCAUUUGCUAUGGUGUUCAACUUCGCGCUGACUCAGGGGAAGUACAAAGGGAGCAGCUUCUGUUUGCUGGGUAGGAACCCAAUUUUCACAAACCCCAGGGAGCUGGCCAUCGUUGGCAGUGGCGGAGGCAGGGCCUUUUGGCCUUGUCCUGGGACAGGGGUAAAUUCCGGUGGAACAAAAAUACGCCAUAUAUAUUUAUAUUGA